GUUUAUAGUUCCCCAGUUACCGUCCUUAAAAUCUCGAGACAGAGAUCUAGAUUCUAGGCUAGAUCAUCAUGAUCAUGAUCUAGGGACUAAUUAUUAUGAUAUAUGAUAAUAAUGAUAAUCCUCCUCCUGUAAAAUUUUCAGAAAAUGGAAAAAGAAAAGUUAUUAUCAAGACGAUUGCUCUGUCCCUAUGGAACUAAGCCAGGAUAUUGUUUGAAUACACAAUGUCUUAAUCAUUUGCCUGAAGGUUUUAUGUCCAAUCAAAGUGAUGUAGAAAAGGAUCUUGUAUUUGAAAGAAUGUGUGUUGAGGAUGCAAUAAAGAAAAAGGAAAAGCAAGAUAGGUAUGAAUUUCUUAAAAAUGAAAGGAAACUCAUGGGCAUGUCUGAGCCUACUGAUGAAGAAAAGAACAAAGUGCCAUUAUAUCAGAAAAAAACUAAUGAUGCUGCUGUACAAGAAAAACUUAAAUUGUGUCCUCCCAUAGACAUUGGCAAGCUUGCUGCAAAAAGGAAAACUUUCAGAAAGCCAGCCAGGAAGCUCUGUAUGCUGGAUGUUCCUAGUUUUAAGGCUCCAGAAGAUGACUACAAUGAUUUAUCAAACUUCCUGAGAAUAUCCACUAUGCCUGGAUACAGCAGCAAUGAUUAUGUUAGUGAGUACAAGGAUCGUCAUAACAUGUCUGUUUGGAACAACCGCAGGGACAUUGAUAAGCAAGCAUUCAAACUGACUCGGGACUGGCUCAGUGUUUGGUCAGAUUAUGAUGUCAUUGAAAGACGUUGGAGGAAAGCUUGGGCAGAGAAAUUUUCAUCCUAAUAAUUUGAAGUAGGAUCUGCUUACAUGAGUACUGGAAGAGCUAAUCAACCAUGUCAUUAAACAAUCAACAAGACAAUCAAUAAUAUAAUAGUUUAAACAUCUGCAUUUUUUUUUAGAAAUUAGGUUUAAUUUUUCAAAUUACCAUUCAUCUUUUAAUUUUUUUUUUAACCUUUUGGGCUCUUUGAUGCAGCUUUUUAAAAAUGUACCGCUGUCCAACACAUGGUUAGUUAGCCUCACUUAGCACAGUUGUAGCUCUUUUGUUUGUUUUAUUUGCUUUAAAAUUUUUAAAAGAGUAUAGCCUCCAGUACAAUUUUUUUUGGCUUUUAACUUAAUAAAUAAACAAAGAAAAAUUUAUUUUUUUCCUAAAAUAAUGUGAUAUAUAAUGAAGCAACCAUCAGCCAUGACUCAACAAGCUAGCAUUUUUGCUCAAGUUUAAUUGUUUGCAGGUUGUUGGUAUAUAUUAUUUCUGCUCAACUUAGAAAUCACUCAGAAUAGUAAAAUUCCAAAUAUAUAUUGUCAGGGUUGUAAUUUUACACUAUCUUGUUCAAUCAUACUCACUGAAAUUAAAUGAAAACAUAUUUGUUUUAGUUUGAAUAACAUGGAAAACAAAUGGACCAUUACAUCCACACAGUAUUAAAAUUGUUUUUUUCUAAAAUCAGUAUUAACCAUUCUAUAGAGUGCAAAACCAUUUUUUUUCUAUUAUAUUCAGUAUUUAUCAAGCUUGUUUAUUUUUUUAACAUUUUGCCAUUUUGUAAAAAAAAAAGUAUUUUACAUAUUUAAAGUUUUAUACACUGAUAAUAUUAACAAAACUGAUACUCUGUUGAAUCUCUGUAUGUAUCAGAUAGAGAGAUGUUAAAUAUAUUAAAACUA